AUGGGAAGAUCUCAGACGUUGCAUGUUGCAGAUUUGGAUAGAUUGGAGGUUGACAUUGUGGUCAUUUUAUGCAAACUUGAGAAAAUAUUUCCACCUGCCUUUUUUGAUGUCAUGGUGCAUUUGGCCCUUCAUUUACCACGUGAGGCCAAACUUGGGGGACCUGUAGGAUAUCGUUGGAUGUACCCGAUAGAGAGGAUGCUAGGGAAGUUAAAGGGCUAUGUACGUAAUAGAGCUAGACCCGAAGGUUCAAUUGUUGAGGGAUACAUUGCAAAUGAAGCGUUAACUUUUUGUUCAAUGUAUUUUCGUAAUGUGGAGACUGUUUUCUCUCGUCCUGAACGAAAUGAUUAUGGUGGCGAAGCCAAUGCUAAGCUCUCGAGACAUAGGCAGUCGUUUCCCCAAUGGUUCAAGCAUCAUGUCAAAGCAUUGUAUAGUGAGGAAUCAACAUUGGUGACUAAAGAAGUGUGUGCAUUAUCAUAUGGUCCUGAUGAAAGAGUUUGUACGUAUACAGGAUGUGUUGUGAACGGAAUUCGAUGGCAUGUCCAAGAUAUAGAAGAAACUCGUACAACUCAAAAUAGUGGGGUCAUGUGUGAGUGGUACAAUACAAGUACAGAUGUGAAGCGAAAGAAAAAGAUUGUUAGGCUUGUUCAUGAUUACCAUCUCACACAUGUGUGGGAUGUUCCUGAGAAUGAGGUGGCUCACGAGGCAGAAACACUCUACGACGAUGGUGUGGACCAAACUGCACAUAUUAGUGUUAGACAUGCACCAGAAGAUAAUGAUCUACUCAGUCCAUCACUUCGUAGAGAGUAUGUUGAACCUGAAAUAGUUGUCGAAGAUAUUAAUUUUGAACAUGUCUCAAAUGAUAUGGAGGAUGAAGAUUUUAUUGAUGAUGAUGAUAUUGAAGAAAUACCUUCGGGUGAUGAUGAAGGCAGUAUGAAUAAUUCCUUUAUCUCAAGCACGUUUGUGACGAGAAUCAAUGUCAUUAUAGCUAAAUGUAGAAUGACACUUACGAGGGCUGCUACCUUAAGCAACAAUAACAAUAAGAAGAAAACUUCAACUCUACUACCACCACAGCCACUUGAGCAACCAUGUCAGCUGCCACAACAGCAAUCAACUCAGCCACAACAAGGUACUUCAUCAGCCUCAGGAGGGGGUUCCCACCAACAGGAUGAGGGAACGCAUACUCAAACUUCUUCACAGAGGAAGAACACUCGUGGCCGAACUGUGGGGGCUGGCACUUGUGAUGUUGUGAAAAAAGGAAGAGUUUGA